CGUGAAGCUCGCGUUACGGAGGUCAGCGGUUAGUGGUCAGCACGAAGACAAACGGGUGCGAUUGUAGUAUUCAUCUGCGCGGUAGGCAUGGCCUCCGCUAGCAUUGGACCAGUACCAGUAGCAACCCGAGUUGAUCCAUUACCUCAAUACUCAUUCGGUUACGACGUGCAGGACGCUCUGACUGGGGACUACAAAGGGCAUCAGGAACACAGGAAUGGCGACCUUGUUACCGGUUCUUACUCAGUGGUAGACCCUGAUGGCACUAGAAGGAUAGUGGAUUAUGCCGCAGAUUCCCUCAAUGGUUUUAACGCUGUUGUCCGCCGUGAGCCAUUAGUUGCUGCAAAGUUCAUAGCUCCAGCGCCUGUAGCACCGGUGGCACCGGCGCCAGUGUUUGCUCCGGCACCAGCACCAUUUGUCGCCCGAGCCCCUGUGGCAGCUCCACUCUUUGCCCCCGCGCCAGCUCCCUACGUAGCCCGUGCACCCGCCCCAUACGUAGGCCCCGCUCCAUACGUAGCUCCCGCCCCUGUUCUAGCUCCUGCACCAGUGUACCCAGCACCCAUCGCUAGGGCACCCCUCUAUGCACCUGCACCCGCCCCUUUAUAUCCCCCCAGGCUAACUAGCCCCUACUACUGGUAGAUGAAAUAUUACAA